AAAGGACGGUGGCUGCGGCGCUCGUAAUGGCGGAAAUUUCCGCAUCCCGAGAUGGUUUGAGAAGGGAGAAGGAGAGCGGCGCCUCGUGCGGGAGGCGCAUCACCGUACCCCAGCCGCCCUCCAUCGAGGAUUUUACCAUCGUUAAGCCCAUCAGCCGGGGCGCUUUCGGGAAGGUUUAUCUGGGUCGCAAAGGCGGAAAGCUCUAUGCCGUCAAGGUGGUGAAAAAGGCUGAUCUGAUCAAUAAGAAUAUGGCCCAUCAGGUACAGGCAGAGAGAGAUGCCUUGGCUCUCAGUAAAAGUCCUUUCAUAGUACACUUAUUCUAUUCACUUCAAUCUGCCAACAAUGUCUACUUGGUAAUGGAAUAUCUUAUUGGUGGAGAUGUUAAAUCUCUUCUUCAUAUAUAUGGUUACUUUGAUGAAGAAAUGGCAGUGAAGUAUAUUUCUGAAGCAGCACUGGCUCUUGAUUACCUUCACAGGCAUGGGAUAAUCCAUAGAGACCUAAAACCAGACAACAUGCUGAUAUCUAAUGAGGGUCACAUUAAGUUGACUGACUUUGGACUGUCCAGAGUUACUCUGAACAGAGAAAUAAAUAUGAUAGAUAUUCUCACUACACCAUCGAUGUCUAAAUCUAAGCAAGACUAUUCUCGUACUCCUGGACAAGUAUUAUCUCUUAUCAGCUCUUUUGGUUUUUAUACUCCAGUUGAAGGGAAGGGGCCUGUGCACAGUCCAAGCCCUGUUUGUGCAGAUAUGUCUCAGCUCUCUCGAGGAAUUGCUUCUCCCCUAUCUGUCAGCUACAAAGAUUACUCUAUGGCACCAAAUAAGCUUCUGAGAGCAUGCCUUGAUUCUUCAGCUGUUAUGCCUGGAAUGCCUGUAAGGAGUUUAACGCCAACUCUGCUUCAGUCCAGAAGAAGGCAUGGGACAUCCAGUGCCAGUAGCCAUUCCCGGACCCAGCUGUCUAGUAUGGAAUCUGAGUGCUGCAGCAGCCCCAGGUGGGAAAAGGACAUCCAGGAAGCAGAAGACUUCUGCCCUGCUGCAAGUCAAGUGAACGCAAUGGAGAAACGCGAGUGUACUGAUACGCUGCUUGUCAACAACACUAAAGCCUUAAAGCAAAAGUUGCUGGAAUCUGCUAUUUCCCCUAUUAGUAGUAAUGACUCUGGAGACCGGCAUGAUGGAAGGAGUGAACUUUUUGACCCAUCAGAUAUUUCUGAAAGAAUUUGUGAUAUGAAAGAUUUAGUCAGAAAAUGUCUUUCAGAAUACAACAAAUGGGAAGAAAAGCUUUGUACAGACAACUCUGCUCAAUCCAAGGAGGUAGCAAAUCCUUCUAACUGUCACUUCUCCCAUCUGGGCUUGGACAAUCUCAUGAAAGAAAAGAAAGAGAGACCAGUGUUGCAGAAGACUGGUGUCAAAAGAUGCUUUGAAUUAGUUGACACUAGCCCUUCUCAAGAACAUAUCCUUGUGAAAAAAAACAAUGGCGAAUAUAAGCGUGGCUGUAAAAUCAUUGAGAUCCCAAAAAAGCAAAGCACAAGUUUGACAGCUGAAAUCUGUUGCUUAAAACUUGAAGGGUGCAUGCAAGAGACCUGUGCAAAGGAAAAUCAAGCAAAGGAUUCCAGUUGUACAGAACAAAACAAAGGGAACAAACCAGGGACCCCUUUAAUAGCUAAGAAUCUUAUGAAUGAACUAGAUGCAGAUUGUGAAAAGGAUGGGAAAAAGGAACACAUGAACUCCAGUUUCUUAUGCAUUGAUGAUGAAAAGCCUUUAGCAAGCAUGAGCAUGGACUCUGAUUUAUCCCUUCCAGAGGUCUCUGCUGCAGAGAACCACUUAGAAAAACACAUGUUUGAUUUAAAUGGGAGCAUUAAAGAUGUCCCCCUUGAAGAACUAAAACCAGAAGCUAUGUUAGCAACAUCACCUUGUUGCCCCAAUGGUGAACCAAUGCUUCCUGUCCAGGAGAGCAGAUCCCUGGAUCACAAUCAAGAUAAGAGUUUGAAAUACAUUACAGAAAAGCACACCAAUGUUCAUUCUUCACCAAUGGAAAUGCUGAAGGCACUUACAAAAAAUAUUGUUGCAUUCCGAAGUUACAGCAGUCCUAUCAAUAUGUCUAAUAUGUCUGAGCCUUCAAAAAUUAGUAUGAUAUCUGUAGAAGGAAUGGAUAUCUCUGCUUGCAGUGGUUCGUAUCCAAUGACUGUUACACCUGCACAAAAAGGGACAACCUACAGGAUUUAUCAGACUCCUCAGGGAAAUGUUGGUACACCCUACAGGACCCCAAAAAGUGUCCGAAGAGGGGCUGCUCCAGUAGAAGGAGAACACAUUUUAGGAACUCCAGAUUACUUAGCACCUGAACUUCUCUUUGCAAAGACUCAUGGUGCUGCUGUAGACUGGUGGGCGCUUGGAGUUUGCCUGUUUGAGUUUUUAACUGGAAUUCCACCAUUCAAUGAUGAAACACCACAACAAGUAUUCCAGAAUAUUCUUAAAAGGGAUAUCCCAUGGCCUGAAGGUGGAGAGAAGUUGUCAGAUAAUGCUCAGAAUGCGAUUGAUAUUCUUUUAACUGUUGACAGUGCCAAGCGAGCUGGACUCAAGGAGCUGAAGCUUCAUCCCCUCUUUCACGGUGUGGAUUGGGAUAAUCUGCACAAUCAGACCAUGCCCUUUAUACCUCAACCAAAUGAUGAAACAGAUACAUCCUAUUUUGAAGCGAGGAAUAAUGCUCAGCAUCUAACAGUGUCUGGAUUCAGCCUGUAGUAUCAACAAAAAAGUUGUGUAGAGGAUUUCACAUUUAUGUUGACAAAACUCCCUAACACUUAUUUUGUAACAAUUUCAUUUUUAAAAAAGGAUCUGCUUUUAACUCAGUAUUUUUCAGUAUAAGCUAUAUUGAAAUGUUUAAUUCCAAAUAGCUUCUGAUCCAAAUUUUUACUCUUAAUACUGCACUUUAUAUUAAUAUUAUUAUGUAACGUAAUAGUAGUAUGACACUUUCCUACUCAACAAAAAUUAUUUUUCUGCUGCUAUGGCUAUUUCUAAAUAUGGGGAAAUGAUUACUGUCAGCUAUAAUGGGGAAAGUUAAAUGUGUAGCAACGCAGUCACCAGUGCGCCUGUAAUUAUAGCAUGACUCCUCAACAUUAGAAUCUAUUUGAAACUGAUUUCAGGUCACUUUGAAGCUGUACUUAACUUUUGUAUUUUCAGGGCAGUCCAAACAGGAAAGAGUGUUUUUCAGGCAUUUGGUAUAAUUUAUAUAUUACUUAUCCUGCUGUUUAAACUGUCAGUAUUCCCAGUUGUUUCUAAUUUUAUUGUCAUAUGUUUUCAUUCCUAGUUUAUCUAUGAAAACUGUGGCAAAAACAAAGCAAGAAAAACUUAAGGUUUAACUGUAAUGCUAUGUUUUUGGAUAAACUAUGUUGCCAUUUUAAAUACUGAAAAUGAAAAAUGGUCAUUUUUGCAUUUCGGUCUGGGAAAAAAAGAAUAAUUGUGUAUGCUAAAUCAACAUAGUGUAAUUGCAAUUUAGUGAAACAGAUAAGAUCAGGGGACCUUUCAAUUACUAUGCAUUUAAAACAUUGAAAAUAAAAAUAUGUAUUUGAGAUACACCGUUUCUAAAUCUCCUUUGAAUUAAGCACUGAAGAUUACUUAUUGUUUCAGGUUGUACUACUGUUAUAAAUAAGAAUUUACUUCACUUUAAAUAAGCUCCAUAUUGAAACAUUUCUUGAUUUUCUCCCAUGCCUCCCAGAGAGUGCCUUAAGCAGCUUAGGCUACUGCAUUAGUUUAACUGUUCUGAAGCAAGAUUCUUUUAACACUAUGGGAUCCACUUGGAACAGAGUUUCAGUCCAUAUUUUUCUUUAGUCUGGUUGCACAACUGAAAUUUAAUGGACAACUCUUAAAUAUUCUCAAAUAACUAAAAGCUGUCACAUUUAUCCCUGUUCUCUACUAGCUGCUGUAUCAAAGUAGUUUCCUGGCAAUAAAUUACCUAUGAUUAUUA